AUGCAGGGCUCGACCACGCUGACUUUGGUCGGAUCUGACACCACAGCGCCCUCCAACCUAUCCAUCAUCGAUGGCUCCCGCCUCUUCUUGAACGUGGGCCCAACCGUGCGCAUCGCUCGGGUCCUCGUCAACAACGAGCCCGCCAAGUACACAACCGAAUUCCCUCUGGUCCGCCUGUUUCCCGAAUCAAGCGACCGAGUGCCCGCUGCACAAAUUCAGAGCGCUUAUGGUGCUCGUGCAAAACAAGCCCAGGCUGGCGAACUCUGCAUCACCCUGCCCAAAGCCCCCAGCCCAGGUACCAUGCCCAUCCCAACGCCCCAUCUUGCACACCUAGCCAGUCGUGGCCCCGGCAUCGCUCUCUCUCUCCCCUGCCAUCGCCCCAUCACGCAUGGACCUUCACUUCCGGACCUCACCUGCCCAGCUGAAACCAUCACUGUGACCGUACUCUUUGGUUUGACCGACGACAAUCCGGCCUUGACCUUUGCCUCCAACGGAGCCACUGACAACCCUGCUCACUCCGUUUACACCUCGGGCCAGGCCAAGGACUGGCUACCUUGUUUGCUGCGCCCUGAUGCGCGCUGCAGCUGGCGCUUCGCCCUGUCUGUGCCCAACACGACCAACCUCCGAGCCAUCACGCUGGGCGAGCUGCAAACGGAGAGCCAGCUCUUGUCCAAAACCGACCCCACCCGUGCCGUCUUUGAGUACUACAUGAGCGAUAAAGGUGACGGUGGCGCCUCGGCAUGGUCCAUUGGCUUUUACGUCGGAGUCCUGACUAGCUUGGAGCUCGAAAGCGGCAUGGCCUGGAGCCACCCAGAUCUUACCAAUCUCCUUCCGUCCACAUGCCGUUGCAUGGACCGAAUUGCCGAUCUCGCUUCAACGGGCCAAACUAUUGCCAUCCCCAUACCGCAUGAGCAUUACAACAUUGUAUUUGCUGAUCAAGUGCCCCUCAACAUGCUCUCCUAUUCCUGUCUCACCAUCAUCAGCAAUGAGCUUCUUUACUCGGACGGCAUCAUCGAUGCUGCCUUUGUCACCCCCUUGCAGCUAGCUGAAGCCUACGCUCGCCAACUCUACAAUCACUAUCUCGCCCCCGCCGGCAGCGACCACAUGUGGCUCUCCGAGGGAUUGGUCCACCACUUUGUGGCCAAAUUCCGCGCUCAAUUCUAUGGCAUUAAUGAAGCCACUUAUGACUUGCACAAGACGCUGCAACGGGUCUGCGAGUUUGAUGACAGUUACCCUGCCCUCAUGUCAGACGAGUACCACCUCUUCUUCAGCCGUUACGACGACUUUUUGCGCCUCAAGUCACGCCUUGUCAUGAACUUUAUCGAGAGCGAGCUUGGCAUGGAAAACUUGGCCGAGUUUAUCCAAACGCAACUCUCGGCCGCCGAUGAAGCGGACACCUUUAACGUGAACAACCACUUGCUGGUCGCCAAGGAGUUUUUUGCGACGGCAUACUCCUCGUAUAAUCGCGAGUUGACAAGAGUGACGGCCCGCCUACUGGAAGCCAAGCGGCUUCCACGGCUCAAAGUCAACUAUGAGUGGAUUCAGCCGAGCAAAAUUCGCAUCACUGUCGAACAAGAACCGCCCUUCCUCGAGAUGCCUCUUCACAUCGGCGUACAAUCGGUUGAGUGUUACGAAGUGCAUAAAAUCAACAUGAGUGGACCCAAACAUGAAGCCAUCUUCAAUGUCAUCGGCACGCACCGCUCGGCUCGCCGCAAAAAGAUCAAGCUGCGAACCAACGACGAAGUCGAUGUGCUGCUCGACCAUCGCAGAGUCUUAGCCAUCUCACCUGGCAUGGGCGUCAAUAGCACCAAGAGCACUAUCAUGUGGGUGCAGGCAGAUGUCAACAUGAAAUGGAUGGCCCGCGUUGAGAUGAAGCAGGAAUGGUGGGCCUGGGGCUAUGCUGCCGAGCAUGAGCGCCAUGUUGGCUGGCAGGUGGAUGCUAUUCAUGCGCUGCGGCAAUUCAAGGACAAAGAUGCCAUCAAAUUGCUGGAUGAGAUUGCUGCCAACGAACGCUACUAUCACCGGGCUCGCCGCCAAGCCAUCCUUUCACUGGCCCAGAUGAGUGAUGCGCCCGUCAAGGAGCGCUUUCAGUACCUUGUCAAGUAUCUGCGGAAGCGUUAUUGUGCGCCGCCGUCAAUGGAGCUUAUUCGGGCCGGCAAGACGGAGAUUCCAGUCAUUCCCAUGGAAAAUGACUUUAAAGACAUCCGCAACUACCUCGUCCUUCGGCUCGUUGAGACGCCAAACAAGACUUGCGAAGACGCCCUGCAAGUAUUGAUUGAUAUGUUGCAAUACUCCGACAACUCGGACAACAUGUUUGACGACGGCGAGUACCGUGCCGAAAUCAUCAACGCCAUGGUCAACGUUUUAUUACGGUCCUGGCGUAUGCCCAGCGGCAGUCGUAUCAUGACCGAGGAGCAAUUGUGCGAGAAAACCGAGACGGUGAUUCAGUUACUCGUGCACCAGCUGAGCUAUGACACCGUCGAUCCGUCUUACAACCAGCCUGUUACUGCGCGGUGUUUGAAAUGCCUCAAGCUACUGAUGUUGUCCGGUCUGUUGCAAAGUGAUGACUCCAUUUUUGAAGCAUAUCUCAAACACCCCAAUCCGCUCAACGUGCGCUUGGAAGCAGCCAAGUCAUCCUUUUGGCCCCUGCCUUCAGAAAAGCUCGACGCAUUCAUGGACUUUUGUCUUUCAACGGAUCGGGCGCUGCGGCUCGAGUUACUUGUCUGGCUGCAAGAGCGUGUGCCAAAGCUGAAGACGGAUACGUUGUUGCCCCUGCUCAAGCUCUUGUGGCGCCACCAACAAGAGUUGCCCUGUGUAGAUGAGCAUUGGCGCCUUGCCUUGCUGCGUGUGUACACUGCUGUCGACGAACGUGCUCAACAGGAAGUUCCAAACAAAGCGAUUAUUGGGCAAGCUCGCUCGUCCGAAGGCCUGCCGCCCACCAAACUGGCCAAAACGCACAUGCGCAUGAACACGACCAAGCCACCCUUGCCUCCAAAGCCGAGCACCCUCAAUAUUCGCCCUUUGUCCAAGGAUGGUGCCGGUCCGUCGGGCAGAACGGGCAUGCCGGAAAAGGCCCCCGAGACCCCGACUCUUCUGCGCAAUGCUAAAAAAGCCAAGCAGCAACUUCGCGAGUCGACCAUCUCGUCCGCUUCCAUGAUGCCAUCGUUGGGAAGCAGCCUCAAGCAAGACGCACACGCAGCCCCGCGAGCCAAGAGCACCGUGGCUGGCGGGAGCAGCAGCGUGAGCGGUAGUGCCUCCGCCGUCUCCAAGUUCCUCGACGCGCCGCAGGCUAAACCAAGCGAGCGCAAGGAUGCACCGCCUCGGCUGACCAUGAAGCUGAACGUGCCGGGCAGUGCUCGACAACCUUCAGAAACGGUUCCCAAGACCGCUGCAGCCAGCCCGGCCACGAGUCGACCCACACCUCCCACGGCGCCAGCUUAUGCUGACGAUGACAGCGAUGAGGGCGAUGCGCCGUUUUGA